GUGUGGAAGUACGCCCAGCAACACCGCGAUCACUUCCUCUUGAGGCUUUUCCCGCCCUUCGAAAAUAAGAGACAUCGUGCCGCCCGCUUAUAGCUCCGUGGACGAACGACGGGAAGAAACAAAUCAGAUCCUCAUGGGAAAUUCCCACGUAAUCAUCUCUACUCUUCCGAUAGACGCUGACACCCACAGUCUCAACGACUCUCUGUUCCUUUUUUUUCUUACUCUAACCUCGCAGCAAACCCACCUGCCAAACGGAUCAUCCUCAUCAGCACCCUUCACGUUGCCCCAUGCCAUGCUACUCGUCUCGCCAUUUUUCUUUUUCUUCGCCAAGAUCCAUCUUGCUUCUCACCGGAAGAUCGUCCGCAGGCUACCAUACCGCUUCUUCCGAAAAAGGCCACGCGACGCCUUCCCCUCUCCCGUAUACUUUUGUUGCAGGACAUAUUCAUUAAGCGUACUAACAUACUGCAAGGAGUAACAAAAGGAAGAAAGAAGAAAGAAGAAGAAAAAGGAAGAACGGGCGUUGUGGUUGUCAUCUGGCCAAGAUCCUCCUCCCCAACGGCGAUGAUACCUCC